AUGAAACUCUAUCAUCCCGAUUCCGCCCAAUUCCGUACGAACCCUUUUGAGAUCCUUACCCCAGAACUCAGGCAAGAACGUUUGAAUGCCAUUAGGGGCGCUUAUGACGCGCUUCGUGGGGCUAAGCAGGCUAGAUGGGGUGCUUCUCAUAGAGGGCCUUCGAUGGGUGAGCGUGCUGGAGCAGAAGGCAGGAGGUGGACAGGAAAGAAAAAUGAAUGGGGAGGUUUUGCCUACGAGCCCGAGGUGCGGCCUCAUCCUGAUGGAUUGACUGAACCUUUCAUUCUGUCCAAGAAUGGCGUUAUGAUGAGCCUUGUAGCUGUUGUUGUGUUGACAGUUUUAUCCUUUCGAAUCCUAUAUAUAUCCCCAGCCACCAUUGCUGCGCGAAAGCACGACGAAGCUCGAUCCAAUCUUGAAGAGGCUCGUCGAUUGGGGAGGGAACAUGGGGAAGAAAGAAGACGUGAGCUGAGGAAGUGGAUAGAUGAAGGAGGGAUGAAAGGUUUUGGUACCAAAAUCGGACACGGCGGACCUCGGCCCCCGGCUGAAGACCAUGACAAGAUGACGGCGAAGUCCCACAACGGCUCAUCAGAAGCAGAACGGUCAUCGGCUUCUUCCCAGCCGUGA